AAAUUUAUUUCUUGAGCUUCUGACGUUCCCUGGAUUAGUCAGACGCUUGAUGAUCAGAGACCGACCACCCCAGCUGAGCAUCACGGCGCAGAGUGCUAUGCCGCCUUACUUACAUUUACGCUGUCCUGUGCUGCCGCGUGUGUCGUGUGAAAUGCGAGCCUUGUUAGUUUUAGCGUGUUUAGUGAUAUCGACCGCUCGUGUGCCACUGCAAGAGUUUUCCUCUUCCAAAGGACCGCUGCAGAAUGUCAUACACCUGAGACUGCCGGGAGCCGAGGACAUUAUCGUAGUGGGUGGACGCAACGCACUCUACAAACUUUCAGCGGAAAACGUAUCCCUCCUGGCUACUUACGUCACAGGUCCCGAAGAUGACAGUCUACUGUGCCGUCCUUCUCCUUACUACUGCAAUCACACGAGACCCAGAGUUGACAACGACAAUCAGGUUCUCCUGCAGUUACCCUCUCCACACGUGCUUGCGUGCGGAACAAUUUCUCAAGGUAUGUGCGCCGUCCAUCGUCCCCUGGAGGGCCUUACCGUCGCCGAACCUAUGUACGUGGGAAGUACGAUCAACUACGUCGCUUCAAGGGUCAGCACUGUCGCUUUCUUCGGCACCGGCGACAACAGAAACGUCCUGUUUGUGGCGUCGACCUACGACGGCAGGCCUCCGGAGUACCACCCGUACGCAGUGUCCGCCAGAGUGCUCGACGAGGGAAACGUCUUCAGGAUGCGUUCUUCGGCGGCACGAGGCUCUUCAUUCGUGAACGUAAUUGGCAGGUAUAAGCGGAAACACAAGAUCCGCUACUUGCACGGUUUCAGCCACAAAGGUUUCGCGUACUUCGUGGCUGUACAGAAAGGCCUGCAGUCUCCCAUGGCCCCCGAAACGCGACUGGCACGCGUCUGCGAGAAUGACACGUCGUUCCGCACGUACACCGAGAUUUUGAUAACGUGCGGAAGUGGAAACCAUCAGUACACCAAUGCUUCCAGCGCGGCCUAUGGACCACAUACGGCGGACGAUGGUAGCAGUGACAAAGUUCUCCUCGUGGCUUUCGCACUGCACGACGAGAAUGGGACGAAAAACUCCCGCUCCAAGUUCGCACUGUGCCUCUUCCACCUGGAUCGCAUCGAAGGAGAGUUCCGCGAUACGAUUAAAAACUGCAACGAUGGCAAGCAGGAGGCAGCCCGGUGGUCACGUCUCUUCAACAACGGGGACGAGCUUACAUGCCAAGUUUACAAACCACGUAGCGACGAUAUGUGCUUACCGGGCAUCAACAACUACAUUGAAGGCGUUGCUCCACUGCUGGGUACAUCGAUGGUCACCCUCCGAAGCGCAGUAACGUCGCUGACCGUGACACAGCAGAAUCAAGCUAUUGUUGCAUGGGUUGGGGACCAAAAAGGAAAUCUGCACAAGUACGUGAUUUCAGGAAAAUUGAUGAGGUUGACGCCACUUUGGACUUACCAAAUCGCAUCUGUUCCCAUUGAGAGAGCCACAGCCGUGGAUCACGAUGGUUCUCAUGGAUAUUUUCUUACAGGAAACAGUGUUAUACGUUUUCCAAUAGGGUCGUGCAUCGUCUACAAGGCCUGCUCGGACUGCUUGCAGAAAACGGAAGACCCGCUACAGUGUGGCUGGUGCCAUGACCGGUGUGCGCGCUCCAACGAGUGUCCCAAGGGAAAACAAGUAGUUUCGGAUCGCUGUCCUAUAAUAGUAAAUGAUGUAAGUGGCAAUCUUUAUGCUCUAUUGUGUUGCAUCAAGCAGCACGGAUACAACCAUUUUAGUGCUUUAGAGCUCUGA